UUGUUUUAUCAGACUGGUUUCGUUACUUGGAGCAGCCAGGGGAGAAAUACAUUUGCGCUCUGCAGGACAAAGCCAGGGCUGAAUGCUGAAGGACUCUUCACAUAUCUGAAGUGCAUACCAUAGACGCGAACAUGAGGCUCUGCUUCCCGUUGCUGCUGGCGUGUCUGGGCGCCUGCGCUGCCUCCAGAGGACGGGAGUGGGCUCACCACGGAGCGGCCAUCUUCGCCGACCUCACUCCACGAGAGAUGCGGGCCGUCAGGGACUACAUGCACAGCAGUGAGCUGGGGCUGACGCUAGCAAGGGGCAAGGCCCUGAAGAAGAACAGCAUCUUGCUGAUAGAGCUCCACCUUCCCAGGAAGCAUGAGGCACUGAGGGCACUGGACCGUGGUCAGGCCAAGCCCCAGAGACAGGCCCGGGUUGUGGUCCAGUUUGGGGACCAAGCCCAGCCAAACAUCACAGAGUACAUCGUUAGUCCUCUGCCCUUCCCCACAUCGCACACUGUGAAGACGUUCAAGGGUGACAGACCCAUCCGGUUCGAAUCGCGACCCAUCAGCUUCGUGGAGUAUGACCACCUCAUCGGUAUCCUGCAGGAGAUCACCUCCAAGGCACAUAAGCUCCUGCUGGAGACGACCGACGGCUUCUCCUUCACAAACUGCACCGACCGCUGCUUGACCUUCUCAGACAUCGCUCCUCGUGGGCUGGAGCCCGGUGAGAGAAGAUCCUGGGUGAUGCUGCAGAAGUUUGUGGAGGGCUACUUUAUCCACCCGGUGGGCUUUGAGGUUCUGAUCAACCACAGAGAUCUGGACCCAAAGAUGUGGACUGUGGAGAAGGUCUGGUACAACAGCCAGUACUUUGACAGUGUGGAGGAACUAGUGAAGAAAUAUGACGAGGGGACAGUUGAGAAGGCCAGGCUUCCUGACCACGACAAAGACGACCUCUUCUCCACCUACAUUCCUCGUGGUCACAGCAACACGGCCUCCAACAUCCAUGGUCCCAAGCUGGUGGAACCGCAGGGCCAUCGCUACAACAUUGAUGGGAACUUUGUAGAAUACGCCGGCUGGUCAUUUGCCUACAGAGUACGUUCCUCCGCAGGCCUGCAGAUCUUCGACCUGCGCUUCAACGGGGAACGGAUCGCCUACGAGGUCAGCCUUCAGGAAGCCAUCGCCUUCUACUCGGGCGACACCCCCGCCGCCAUGCAGACCAAGUACAUCGACGCGGGCUGGUCCAUGGGCACCUUGAGCUACGAGCUGGCUCCCGGCAUCGACUGUCCGGAAAUUUCCACCUUCGUGGACUUGUAUCACUACUACGACACGGACAAACCGGUGCGGUACCGGAACGCCCUGUGCGUGUUCGAGAUGACCACGGCAAUGCCCCUGAGGAGGCACUUCAACAGCAACUUCAACGGGGGCUACAACUUCUACGGAGGCCUGGAGAACCAUGUGCUGGUGCUGAGGACCACCUCCACCGUCUACAACUACGACUACAUCUGGGACUUCCUCUUCUACCAGAACGGAGUGAUGGAGUCCAGGGUUAGCGCCACAGGUUACAUCCACGCCACCUUCUUCACUCCCAACGGACUCCACUACGGCACCAAGGUUUAUAACUACGUACUGGGAAACCUGCACACACACCUCAUCCAUUAUAAAGUGGAUCUGGAUAUUGCCGGCCGUGAGAACAGCCUUGAGUCCAUGAACCUGAAAUUCGAGAACUUCACCAACCCAUGGAGCCCGAAACACUCCAUAGUCCAGUCAAGGCUUCACAGGACCCAGCAUCAGACGGAGCGGAGCGCCGCCUUCCGCUUCGGGAAGAAGUUCCCUCGCUAUGUCCACUUCUACAACCCCAACGAGGAGAACAAGUGGGGUCACAAGAAGGGCUUCCGCAUCCAGUUCAACUCCCAUGGCAACAGCGUCCUGCCUCGUGGCUGGAAGGAGGAGAAUGGCAUCAGCUGGGCCAGGUAUCCCCUGGCCGUGACGCGCCACAAGGACAGUGAGUCCACCAGCACCAGCAUCUACACUCAGAACGACCCCUGGGAGCCGGUGGUGUCAUUCGAGGACUACAUCAAGAACAACGAAAACAUCACUAACCAGGACCUGGUUGCCUGGGUAACGGUGGGGUUCUUGCACGUGCCUCACUCGGAGGACAUCCCCAACACGGCGACGCCCGGCAACGCUGUGGGCUUCUUCCUCCGGCCGUUCAACUUCUUCGAUGAGGAUCCGUCUCUGGCGUCCCGGAGCACGGUCAUUGUCCGCCAGGACCAGAAUGGAGCAUCAAAGGUCCAGAGAUGGACCCCGGAGGUCGUAGGUAACUGUGUAACAGACAAGCCUUUCUUCUACAACGGCACCUACGCUGGUGUUUAAUCUCGGUUGGACUUCCUGAAGUUACUGCUGAUCAGAUUCCCCCCCCCCCUUUUUUUUUCUUAAACGCGAUAUGUUUGAGACAUCAGAUUCAGCCACCACAUCAAAGCAAGUAUUAAUCUAACCAGAAACAACAGUGGCUCAGUGUUUACUGAAUGGUUACGGCCUGUGUGCUUGGGAGGUCGGAGGCUGGGAGACACAGGAGGCCAAGCAGCCUGAGCUGUGACAAGUUCAUGUGUAGAACUCUGAAACUGUACUCUGACGUUCAACUUAAAUCACACGCAACUUGAAUAAAGUAUUUGGACGCAGGUACUAACACCACAACAUGUAUGCAAAAUGUGAAUUGUUUUUGAUAUAUCUUCGAAGUUCCAUUUUUAUUAAGCUGUGAUCAGAUAAGAACAAACUAUACGAAUACUGUAUUUUUUUCCUUUCUACCGUUGUGUUUGAUAAAGACUAUAUAUUAACUGACCCUACCCAUCCUUUAGGUGACUAGACAAAAGAAUCCAACAUUUAUGUUUUGCGCUG